AUGACGCGAAUUGGUUGGUUUGGCCUCGGCUCCAUGGGCCUCGCCAUGGCCAGCAAUCUCCAAAGACAUCUAGCCCGCAAAACAGCCCCAAGUCUCAUAUACUCCAACCGAACCAUUUCCCGAGGUGACCCCCUCAAGAAACUAGGCGGUACGCCCGCAGACAACUUCUCAAAGCUUGUCUCGCAAUGUGGAAUUAUUUUCACCAUGGUCUCUAAUGACGCCGUCCUGCAAGAAUUGGUCACCACAGCUAUCAACUCUGGCCACUCCCUCAAAGACAAGAUCUUCGUUGACUGCUCAACGGUUCUUCCCGAGACUGUAGGUGCAACAGCCUCGAAGCUGAAAGAAAAGGAAGCGAAGUUCCUCUCCGCUCCUGUUUUCGGGGGCAACCCCAUUGCUGUGGAUGGGAAGCUCGUAUUUGCCAUCGGAGGGCCCAAGCAGGCGGCAGAGGUGGUGAAGCCGUUGAUCCAGGACGUGAUGGGAAGAAAGGUGAUUGAUUGCGGAGAGGACGCUAUGAAGUCUUCGCUUUUGAAGAUUGCGGGCAAUAUCAUCACGGUGAACUUGAUGGAGGCGGUUGGUGAAGCACAGGUCUUUGCUGAGAAGACGGGCUUGGGUACAGGGCCUAUGGAGGACCUUAUCGGAGAGGCUUUUGGAGGUGUAGCUGGUGGUUAUUCCAAACGAUUGACUACUGGUGCCUAUGCACCGCCAUUGGACUCUCGCCCAGGCUUCGGGGUGUCUCUGGCCAUCAAAGAUGCAAAGCACGCGUUUGCCAUGGCGAAACAGCAUAACGUGGAAUUGCCGGGUUUGCAGGUUUCUCUCGAUAACAUGGAGGCUGCCAGGGAGUACGCGGGCGAAUGCUUGGACAGCAGCUCCAUGUACGGCUAUCUGCGGCAGAAGGCAGGCUUGGAGUUUUGGAAUGAAAAGAGUCGACAGGGAAACUCUCAAUAG